CCCGGAGACAGUCCUCGUCUCGUUCUCUCGACUGUGUGAUGUGUGUCUCCUCUCUCCUCCUCCUCCUCUCUCCUCCUCCUCCUCCUCGACACCACCGAUGCGCACUCCCCUCGCGCAAAGCAGCUGGUUUAGUUGGGCCAACUUACUUUCUGAAAUAGUUGAGUUUUAAAGUUAACUUUUUGGACAUGACCACCAUGGCCACUCCGGCUGCUCAGGCUCUGCUCCCCGCCGCUCCGAGGUCCCUCUCUCCGGCCAGCAGCUCCCCGCCACCUGCGGCCGCCUCCGCCGCCUCGUCCCCGGCUCCUCCGGUGGCGCACCCGGCGCUGCUCCACCAGUUCCGGGCGGACCUCUUACUCGCGAACGGGAGCCCGUCGAACCCCGGGGGCGCGCCCGCGUCCGGCGGCGCCAAGCCCGUGUACGCCACCCCGUCGCCCGUGGAGAGCACGCCGCAGAACAACGAGUGCCGGCUGGUGGAGGUGAAAGGGGCCAAGCUGGCGUCGUUCACGGUCCGAGACACGGAGCUCAUCUGCCUGCCGCAGGCGUUCGACGUGUUCCUCAAGCACCUGGUCGGCGGGCUGCACACCGUGUACACCAAGCUCAAGAGGCUGGACAUCAGCCCCGUGGUGUGCAACGUGGAGCAGGUCCGGGUGCUGCGGGGGCUCGGGGCCAUCCAGCCCGGCGUCAACCGCUGCAAACUCAUCUCCAGGCAGGACUUCGACACACUGUACAGCGACUGUACCAACGCGAGUUCGAGGCCCGGACGACCGCCCAAGAGGCUGCAAAGUGUGACAGAGGGCGGAGCUCACCACAUGCUGUCCCACAGUGGUCUGAUGCACGCGGGGAUCAUGCCUCCUGCAGAUCUGUCUGCCCUGGCCAAGAAGAUCAAGCUGGAGGCGAUGGCUGGUUACCACAGUAACCAACAACAUGGCGGGCCAAACGGAGAGAACGGUGACCACAACCCCGGACUGGUUCUGGAGCAGUUGCCCUUCAUGAUGAUGUCACAUCCUCUGAUCCCUGCCAGCCUGGCGCCGGCCUCCGUUUCCAUGGCGAUGGGCCAGAUGAACCGACUGAGCACGCUGGCCAGCAUGGCCAACGUGGCGCAACUUCAUGCCAACCCCCAUGCCAGGGCUCCCACCUCCGUCAUUAAGGAGCGAGUGUGUGACAGUCCCUCGCCUUCUCCUUCACUGGAGGAAGCUCAGAUGUCAUCCAAUCACAGCAGCAGUGUGUCGAGUUCACCGUCUCACACAGAACGUGUUGCAGAACCAACGCACCCGGCCCAUGACGGCCUGUCGUCAGGUCACAGUGUGUUGGGACAUUCGAAUGCUGUGGUGCAGGGGUCCAGAGAGACAGAUGUGACUCCAGGGGAAUACAGCAAGGAGAGCAGGAGGAGCCACGCUGACAGAGACAACAGCUCGUUGGCGACUCAGACGACAAGGGAGAGCUGUGAUAGACAAGUGUACCAGAAGCCCCCGUCAGGCAGGGAGGGCUGUGAGAGGGUAUCUUACCCUGCAGGACAGAAGCGCCCAGCAGGUCUCCACCACGCUCCCUUCAUCUUCCCUGAAGGGCUGUCCUCCAUAGAGACCCUGCUCACGAACAUCCAGCAGGGUCUGCUGAGGGUCGCCAUAGAAAACGCCCGGGCGCAGGAGAAGCAGGACCAGCUGGAGAGGACGGAGCUGAAGCUGGAGCUGGUCCGGGAGAGGGAGCUCAGAGAGACCUUGGAGCGGCAGCUCAGCAUCGAACAGAAAAACAGAGUUCUGAUCCAGAAGCGACUGAAGAAGGAAAAGAGAAGUAAGAGGCGACUACAGGAGGCCUUGGAGGAGGAGGUCAAACUCCGGGAUCAGGCCGAGCACAGCCUCCUGCACACUGCCAACACACACACAGGCCAUCAAUCAUCAGCAGCCCCUCCUCACACAGACUCAGUGACCCAGGACGUGGAUGGGAGCAACCACGAUGACAACAGGCUGGACACCACGGCAACAGUACAAGAGGGCAGAGUGUUCCUGCAGACCUCUGGGAUGUACUGAAGCUGGGAUGGAUUGAUGGAUGGAUGGAUGGAUGGAUGGAUGGAUGGAUGGAUGGAUGGAUUGAUGGAUGUGAAGAAGACUCCUCAUAUCUGAGAAAUACAAUCGACAGGCAAGCUCCGCAGCGCAGUGUCUCCUCGUCCUCGAGGGGACUCCCCCUACAUUUCAAGGGUGACAUUUGAACUUUGCCAUUGUUCUCUUGUUUUAAUUUAUUGCAGUUAUCACCAAAUCUUGGCCGUAUUUGGAACAGUACUUCAUCCUAAUAAUGUGUUUCACUGUGUUUUCUUUCAAUCAAGGUUUUUAGAUCCUAGAUUAAGAUGACCAUAGUUGUUUUUUGUCAGUGCUGUUUAUCUGGACACAAGUGCUGAAUAUUACUUGUAACAGAGUUGUGUACAUAAAUAUAGUCAUCAUUUUUGUUAUCAUUAAUAAAACUUAACGGCAUGUUGUACAGUCAGUAAAUGACUUGUAUUGAGUAUGUUAUGCAGUAGUGCAGUUUGACAAUACAAACAAUACAAAUCCUUUUUAUCAAA